GAGAAGAAGAAAGAGAGAGAACCAGCACGGCGUGGAGGAGAAGAAGAAGAAAAGAGAGAGAACAGCACGGCGUGGAGGAGAAGAAGAAGAAGAGAGAGAACAGCACGGCGUGGAGGAGGAGAAGAAGAAAGAGAGAGAACAGCACGGCGUGGAGGAGGAGAAGAAGAAAGAGAGAGAACAGCACGGCGUGGAGGAGAAGAAGAAGAAAGAGAGAGAACAGCACGGCGUGGAGGAGAAGAAGAAGAAAGAGAGAGAACAGCACGGCGUGGAGGAGAAGAAGAAGAAAGAGGAAGAAGUUGCUGAGACGCCGCGAAUAGAAGAGAAACACCUUCACCAUCAGCCCGUCUCGCUCCCUGCACCGGCUGGGUCUAAGGCCCCGUUGCCAAAACUCAGACAGAGGAACAAGCUGCAGGACGGACCUGCUGCCAAGAAGGUCACCUUCAUAGAGACCUCCGCUACAGACACUACAGACACUACAGACGCCCAGGUGGGUGAGAGAGAGACGAGAGAGACGAGAGGGACGAGAGGGACAAGAGGGACAAGAGAGACCAGAGGGACGCCAGUCUCACCUGUUGUGCAGGUAACCCUCCAGGAUUGGACGUCUGACAACCGAUUCUUCAAACUCAACAAAUAAUAAAAGAAACUUGAACUGC